AUGUCUCCCCGCAAAGCCCUAAUCAGCAUUACCUCCGCCUCGGCGACUCUCUUUAACGGCAAAGAAACAACAGGCCUCUUCAUCAGCGAGGCCCUGCACCCAUACAAUGUCCUGGUAGCCGCAGGCUUUGAAGUCGACCUUGCUUCCGAGACAGGGAGCUACACCCCCGACUGGCUGUCCCAGCAACCCGACUUUCUGAACGGCGAAGACUUGCAAACCUGGAACGAUCUGAGCAGCAGCUUCCGCCAGAAGCUAGACAAUAUGCCCAAGGCUGCAGACGUAGAUGGAUCCCAGUAUGGUCUUUUCUAUGCCUCGGCCGGCCACGCUGCCUUGAUCGAUUACCCGACUGCCUCCUCCUUACAGAAGAUCGCAGAGCAGGUCUGGGCUAAUGGUGGUGUGGUGGCUUCUGUCUGCCAUGGUCCUGCUAUCUUUGCCAAUGUCCUUGACAAAUCGACCGGGGAGUCUGUCAUCAAGGGUCGUCGCAUGACGGGAUUCACCACCGAAGCGGAAGAUACGAUGGGUAUCAUGGCUGAUCUGAGAAGCUGGGGUGGAGAAAUGGUUGAAGAACUUGCUUCCAGACUUGGCGCGCAUUAUGAACGUUCUGCUGGAAUUUGGGAUGACUUCCAUGUUGUGGACGGUCGCCUUGUUACUGGCCAGAACCCUGCCAGUGCUACUUCGACUGCUAAGGCUGCUGUUGAGGUUUUUGACGCUCUUUGA